GUUGUUUCAACUGAAGCAAAUCAUCUGAAAAAAAAAAAAAAAAAAAAUAGCCUCCGGCACGACUCAGAGAGAUGGAGCACACCAAGGUGAUCAAGCCAGAAACUCUGGAUGACCUGAUUAAAAUCCUGCAUAAAAAGUUCGAGGGCGACAGCAUCAAUGUUGAGGAGGUCCAAGACAUCAUGGAAUCCUAUGAGAGCAAGCCUGACGAGUGGAUGAAAUAUGCCAAGUUUGACCAGUACAGGUACACGAGGAACUUGGUUGAUGAAGGCAAUGGGAAGUUCAAUCUCAUGAUUCUGUGCUGGGGUGAAGGCCAUGGCAGUAGCAUCCAUGACCACACAGACUCCCACUGUUUCAUGAAGCUGCUGCAGGGUCAGCUGAAGGAGACUCUGUUCGAGUGGCCGGACAGUACAUCUCACGGAGAUAUGGUCCAGAAGUCAGAGAGGAUUCUCCAGGAAAGCAAGGUUGCUUACAUAAAUGACUCCAUUGGCCUGCAUCGUGUGGAAAAUGUCAGCCACACAGAGUGUGCAGUCAGUUUGCACCUGUACAGUCCCCCGUUCCAGACCUGCCAGACCUUUGACCAGCGGACGGGGCAUAGGAACAUCGUCAAGAUGACCUUCUGGAGCAAAUUUGGAGAGAGGACUCCACUUCAGACCACGGUCUCCCAAGAGAACAACUAAUGGUCACCAAAGGAGGCUCCUGAUGUUGAAGACAGUUGCGGUCAAAAUGAAAAUGUUGUGAAAUUGAUUCAAGGGAAACUGCUGGGGAGGCGAAACGUGGACCUACUAUGACUAAGCAACCUAUUUAAAAAUCAGGACCGGGCCAGUUCAAAAGGAUAACCCAGUAAUUAGAAUGGCUUUAUCGCUGCCCAGUGUGAGCUUGGCAAAUACUGAUGAGCACAGGACGAAUGCAUGAAUAGGCUUGGACAUGGAUUGAAUCUGCCUUUUGUUUGCUGGGCCUGAGGAGACCCUUUUCCAAUAACAACAUUCCUGUCUAUCCAUGACCUGUGUAACCACAUUUUUGUAAAGUUAUGGCCCAUAGUCGAAGAGUAGAGCUUAAGCAUUUCACAAAGGGGAAGAUAUUUCUGUUAUAGUGCUUCUCUUAAAUUUUAUAUCUAAAGAAAAGGUAAACAGUUCUGCAAUCAGUAUUCUCAUUCUCAAUGGAGCACUUUUAUAGCUGUACUUACCGUCAGUUUAUACCACUCAAAAUAGUCUUAACACCUGUUGAAAAUUGUGAUGAAAUGUAACAUUGUUUGUAUAGUCUAAUUAAAAAAGAGUUUGUUCCAUUUGCAUUUGGAAAAAGAAAUGUUAAGCUUUAAAGUUGUGUUGUUUUUAAAAGUGUGAUGCUUGUAAUUUAUUUACAGAGUAUUCUGUUCAUGGAAGGACUGUUUAAAAUCAGCAAGCUACCAUGUCACUCCUAAAUGUAUUCAUACUCGAGUUUUGACCAAGAGAGUUUUAGGGAGCGACUAUUUUGUCGUAUUGGCAAACAAUAUGUUUAGAUAAAACUCAUACUUUUUCUCAGGAUUUUGGCAUAUUUUGAUUGUCGCUGUAUAUAUAUAUAGUGUGUACUAUUACAGCAUAGCACCUCUCAUAGCACUGUCAAAUGCAUGCAUGCUUUCUGUGUUGCAGUAAAUGAUAAAUCUGGCCAUAACUGUAGACCAUUAAACACGAUUAUCCUUUCACAGAA